AUGGCUGGGAACAACGCCGAACGGAGCUCAGAAUUCGAGAAAAUGGUGUCUGUCGACCUCGCCCAGCACUAUCCUACUGUGGCUGCUAUCAGUUCUAAGCAGCCAGAAAUCACCUCGCGAGCCCUGCCCUUCGGCAGACAGAUCGGCCUCAGCUCGAUCGAUGGCCCUACCUAUGUGACAGCCCAGACGCUGGUCCAGCAAGUCGCAUACUUGCUCUCAGACAAAAUAUGGUCCUACAGUCCCGAGACCUUUGACCUCGAUGUGUCAGCACGACAAUGGUCGCAGGAGCAGCAGAAGAACGUGCAUGGCUAUAUUCCAAAGACUCAGUCUAUGGACAUCCGAGCUGGUGCAGGAACAGCUGCCCUUGGAUAUCUAUUUUCCAAGGACUUUGAUGUUAAGAGAAGGCACAUUCCACAAGCAGUACUUGCCUCGUCUGCUGCUCUUGCCUACAUGCGACAAGCCCUAGACCAGCUCUCCUUGCUCUACGGAGUCGCAAAUCCAUUUGUAGCUCACGUUGCUGCUGCAGGAUACGAUGGUAGCAAGCAGGGCACCUUGGCUUCGGACUAUAUCUCUUCCAUGUGGCUAGCAGAAGAUCUUGGGUUCAGUCUGAUCUCUAGUCAAUCGGCUCACGAAGCUCAGCACAUCUCGCUCCUUGCCACGUUGCUUGCUCAAGAUGGACCUGUACUGCACACCUACGAUGGUGUCAAGAUGGCACGAGACACUACUAGAGUUAUCGACACUCUGGGUCAAGCCAACCUGCGCAAGUCGUACCAAAAUGUCUUGGAGGCCACUUCAAGCGACGAACACAAGCAUUCGACCCCUGAGGGCAAAGUCUUGAAGACGAUCAAGGCUUUCAACGAAGAGCUUGGCACAGAUUACAAGGCAUUUGAAUACUACGGUCACUCUGCAGCUGAGCAAGUCCUUGUCACCUUUGGCUCCGUUGAGUCCUCUUUGGCUGCUCAAGUUGCUGAGAAGCUUGCUCAUGCUGAUAACAAGAUUGGUGUUGUAAAUGUUCGACUAUACCGACCUUUUAUUGACGAGUCUUUCCUCAAGGCUCUACCUAGCACUGUCAGGAUGAUCGGUGUAUUAGGUCAGGUAACCUCGGCUCAAGAAGUCGCUGAAAGCGGUAUUCGAUCACGACUCUAUGAGGACGUGCUCGCUGCUGUCUCCUUCAACAAUAUUCUGCAAUCAACCCCGGAAAUACGAGACAUUAAGUUUUCCAGGUCCGAAUCAUGGUCGCCUCAGAGCAUCACUGGUGUAUAUCACAUGCUCGCUGGCAAGCCGGUUGACACCAUUUCCCAAGCUGAACUCGCGCCUAUCCUCCUCGACAGUGAUGUCAGGCAGUAUACUUUCUGGAAUGUGGAUGAUUCUCCAUCAGCUGACGCAGCUCUAUCUCUUGCUCAGGCACUUGCCAAGGACUCUACCUACAACGUUGCCGUCAGUCAAGCACACAAUAACCUGAUUCUGGGAGGAAUCCACCGAGUUGACGUGCGCAAGUCUUCAAAGAGCCUCGACGCUGCCUACACCAUCACAGAAGCCAACGCUGCUGUGGUCACUGACGUUGCGCUUUUGGACAAAAUUGACGUCCUGUCAUCCGUUGAGCAGGAUGGCAAGCUCAUUCUUAUCCUGCCUGGCGUCAAGGACGAGGAUGUCGAGAAGAAAAUUCCAGCUAUGGCCAAGAAGCAGAUCGCUAAGCGCAACAUUGAAUUGUAUUUGAUCAACCCUGACGCUACCGAACUCGAUAAGGAAGACAAGCAAUUGGCUUCGCUGAUUACACAAGUCGCGUUUCUACGCGUUGCUCUGUCCAAGAACGAGGAGGUCGGUCUCCAGAAGCUCGCGCAGUUUGUUAGCAAUACUCAGACCCUGGAGCAGAUCGCCGCGGAUCUAGAAAAGACCCUACGUCAGAUCGAGGUGCCUAAAGAAUGGGCCGAGACUGAGAUCGAUGAUUCUAAAGCAGCACCACCAACAAGCAUUACCACAAACAGCUUUGAGUCAUGGGACAAAUCCGAAGUGGAGCCACCUUCUCUGCUAAGGACAUGGCAGAAAGCUGCCAAGGGCCUGCUGUUCAAGGAAGCAUACGGCACCCAAGACAAGCUCCGACCUGAUCUGCCUGUGAAGACCCAUACUGUUCACGUCAAGGAGAAUCGUCGCCUCACCCCUAUAACAUAUGACCGAAAUAUUUUCCACAUCGAGUUCGAUCUUGGCACUUCUGGUCUUACCUAUGCUAUUGGUGAAGCUCUUGGUAUUCACGCCGAGAACGACCACGACCAGGUCAUGGAGUUCAUUAAGUGGUAUGGUUUGGAUCCAGAUGAGGUUGUCGAAGUUCAAGCUCGUGAAGGCGUUGACAAAUUUGAAAACCGUACGGUCUACCAGUCACUCAUGCAGAAUGUGGACAUCUUCGGCCGGCCACCUAAGAAGUUCUACGAGGCUCUUGCCGAGUAUUGCUCGGACGACGAAGAGAGAAAGAACUUGCUCACCAUUUCCGGGCCAGAGGGCUACAAGGAAUUCCAGAGGCGAGCCGAAGUCGACACAGUAACUUACGCUGAUGUCCUUCUAGAAUUCCCAUCUGCCCAUCCCUCUUUCCAUGAGAUUGUGCGUAUCGUUGCACCAAUGAAGCGACGAGAGUACUCUAUUGCUUCCUGCCAGGCAGUAACGCCUACCACUGUUGCACUAAUGAUUGUGGUAGUCAAUUGGACCGACCCUAGAGGCCGUGACCGCUUUGGUCAAGCCACUCGCUACCUUUACAAACUGCGACCUGGUCAAGCUGUUACAGUCUCUGUCAAACCAUCGGUCAUGAAACUGCCCUCGAAAUCAACACAACCUAUCAUCAUGGCUGGUCUUGGUACAGGUCUUGCGCCAUUCCGUGCCUUCGUCCAGCACCGCGCUAUGGAGAAGGCACAAGGCAAGGAGAUUGGAGCAGUCCUAUUGUACAUGGGUUCGCGUCAUCAACGAGAAGAGUACUGCUACGGCGAAGAAUGGGAAGCUUAUCAGGCUGCUGGUGUAAUCACUCUUCUGGGCCGUGCUUUCUCUCGAGAUCAACCACAGAAGAUCUACAUUCAAGACAGGAUGCGACAGACCAUCGACGACAUCGUGCAGGCCUACCGCAAGGAGGAAGGCUGCUUCUAUCUCUGUGGACCUACCUGGCCAGUAGCGGAUGUCACGAACGUGCUUGAAGAGGCUAUUGCCAAGGAGUGGCAAGCUAACGGAACGAAGGUGAAAAAGGGCGAGACAUCUAAGGAGAUCAUGAAGCUGAAAGACGAAAACAGAUACGUGCUUGAGGUCUAUUAA